CAUGAAUGAAACUCUGCCCCCCCCCAAGACAAGACAAGACAACAACCAACGAUGAUGACGCUGUUGUUCAGUGUUGCUUUUUGCUUGCUGCUGCUGAGCGCUGUUGUGAGCCCAGCAACGACUCCGGCGGCAGCAUCACGCAUUGUCGGGCAGGAGGACAGCGGCCAUGACAACGAUGACUGGGUAGUGUUGGCGAAGCGCAUCUCUUCAAGUCACCCCAUCAUCUCCAAGGACACGACACGCGGUGCGUGCGACUUUCCCUACAACCCGGCACUGUUCCCUCUUCCCACCGGCAGCGAUGACGGUGCACGCAGCCGCGUUGGCGCGCUCGUUCGCUGCCAGAACCUGACGCAGCCGCCGUACACCGUAGCUCCCUCGGUGAUGUGCAGCAGUGUCAUCGAUCCAAGUGGCCGCAACGCGUCCCAGACCAUGCACAUCGCCUUCCAGGAAGACGCUGUCUUUGAGAAGUGUGGCACCGAGGAUCCUCGCGUCGUCAAGUGGGGCGACGAGUACUUCCUGUUCUACACAGCCUACGACUGCACAAAGGCUAUGCUCUCCCUCGCUGUCACCCGCACCCCGUUCAACGCAUCGUCUUGGACUCGCCACGGGCCCCUGUUUCCGAAUGCCAAGUGGAGCAAGAGUGGAGCUGCCAUACUGGGCCGUAAGGGCAAGCAGUACCUCAUCUGGGGUGACAGUGCAUUGACGCCGGCGUUGCAUGUGGCCGUGUCAGAGGACGGCAUCAAGUGGACGAACAAGAAGGAAACCAUUCUAUCCGUGCGCAAGAGCCCAUACUUUGACACCAACUUGGUGGAAGCUGGCCCACCUCCGCUGCCACUGCCGCACAGCAAUCACCUCCUCUUCCUCUACAACUCCGCGCGACAGGGCUUUCCAUCCCCAAAGCCAGGCUACAGCCUGCAGUACAACGUCGGGUUUGCCAUUCUCAACGCCUCCGACCCAAGCCAUGUCUUGCAGCGCUCGUCACAGCCGCUGCUCUCCCCAACACUGCCGUGGGAAGUGGGCAACACCACAGCGUAUCUGACACCAAACGUCGUGUUCGUGGAAGGCAUGGUGCCUGCAUCGACCCCUCUCACAGACUUGGAAUGCCCUCGCUCCCACAUUGCCGACGGGCGCUUUCUCGCCCUGUAUGGCGCCGCAGACUCCGCCGUCGGCUCGGUGGAGAUUGUGGCGUGCAAACGUCACAACGCCACGCCGACACACUAGCAGCAGCAUCUGUGCAGUAACGCGCACAGCAAAUGCGUGCGCCCGUUCACACCAGUUGCUUUUAUGCGUGUGAUGGCCAUGGUUGCGUUACUCUCUCUCUCUCUCUCGCUCUUGACUUGGUUCAUACUGCUCUUCGCACAAUUGCUUGCUUGCUUGAUUUGACGCACAUACCAGAUGUUCAUUGAAGGUGUGACACGG